CUUGAGCUUCAGCACAUUAAAGCCAAAACCAAUCCCAGGGUUUUGUUUAUUCCUGUUUCUUUGUUUGUUUGUUUGUUUGUUUGUUUUCAAAUCCAAGAACUGGAAGGUCACACCCCUGUAUAAGACUUUGCUUCCUAACAAGCACUCAGACAUUCCUAACACCAGGAGGCUGAGAUGGAGCUGCUGGGAAUUAUUACACCUGUUCUUGCUAUUUGUGUCAUUUGCCUGGUUUUCCUUUUGGGGAGGAAAAAAAGUCGCAAAGGAGAGAGGCUCCCCCCGGGCCCAACUCCCCUUCCCAUCCUUGGGAAUCUGAUGCAACUGAACUUGAAGAACAUCCCUGAGUCUCUCUGCAAGUUGGCCCAAGAGUAUGGCCCUGUUUACACAGUAUACUUUGGACUCAAGCCCACUGUGGUCUUACAUGGAUAUGAGGCGGUGAAGGAAGCUCUGAUUGAUCAGGGUGGUGAAUUCCUUGGCAGAGGAACAUUUCCAAUUAUUUCAGAUGCCCAAAAUGGACAUGGGACCUGGGCUGCAACCCAGGCGUGUGCCCUGACCAGGAAUCAAACCUGCAAACAAACUGGCAGCCAACGUGGCAAACUUUUGAUUCACAGGCCGGCACUCAGUCCACUGAGCUGCACCAGCAAGGGAAUCCUUUUCAGUAACGGAGAGACAUGGAAGGAAAUGCGGCGCUUCUCCCUCAUGACCCUGAGGAACUUCGGGAUGGGGAAGAGGACCAUUGAGGAGAAGAUCCGGGAGGAAGCCCAGUGGCUGGUGGAGGAGCUCAGGAAAACCAAGGCUCAUCCUGUUGAUCCCUCCUUCAUCUUCUCGAGUGCUGCCUGCAACGUGAUCUGCUCCAUCCUCUUCAGGGAGCGUUUUGAGUACCACGAUGAGAAGUUCCUUUUCCUGAUGAACUUGUUAAAUGCAAAUUUUAGGCAAAUAAACUCUCCAUGGAUCCAGAUUUACAAUCUGUGGCCAAAACUCAUGAAGCAUCUCCCUGGAGAGCACAAAUCAUUUUUAAAAAGGGCUAAAGCCAUUAAACAUUUCAUUCUGCAAAAAGUGAAGGAGCAUCAAGAAUCCCUGGAUCAGAGUAACCCUCAAGAUUAUAUCGAUUGUUUCCUCAUCAAGAUGGAGCAGGAAAAACAGAACCCAACAUCUGAGUUUCACUUGGAGAAUCUGGCAGUCUGCGGAUCAAACUUGUUUGCGGGAGGAACAGAGACAACCAUGUAUACCCUGAGAUACAGUGUCCUGCUCCUAAUGAGACACCCAGAGGUGCAAGCCAAAGUUCAUGAAGAGAUCGACCGUGUGAUUGGACACAACCAGAGCCCCUCCAUGCAGGACAAGAUGAAGAUGCCUUACACAGAGGCUGUGUUGCAUGAGAUACAAAGAUACAGCAAACUCUUUCCUUAUAGUGUUCCCCAUGCUGUGAUCCAGGACACGAAAUUCAGACAAUACAUCAUCCCCAAGGGCACCACUGUGUUCCCGUUGUUGUCUUCAGUCUUGUAUGAUAGCAAGGAGUUCCCCAAUCCAGAGAAGUUUGAUCCAGGCCACUUUUUGGACGAAAGUGGCAGGUUCAGGAAAACAGAUUACUUCGUACCUUUCUCCCUUGGAAAACGGGUCUGUAUUGGGGAGGGCCUGGCCCGCAUGGAGCUGUUCCUCCUCCUCACCACCAUUCUGCAGAACUUUUCCCUGAAGCCCCUGGUGGAGCCCAAGGAACUAAAGACCCAGCCUGUUAUUUGUAAAAUUGUCAGCAUUCCUCCACCUUUCAAGCUGUGCUUUAUUCCUAGAUAAAAGAAUUUUUUUCUUUUAACAUUUUAAA